UUGACGAUCGAAGUCACGGUGACCUGCGAUGGCCUCAGCGAGUUUCCGAAUCCCCGAUUUGCUCAUUAAAAAGAGGGACGGGAAUGCCCUCAGCCCCGAGGAAAUUAAAUAUUUUGUCAGGGAGGUGGUCAAUGGAGGAGUGCAGGAAUGUCAGCUUGGAGCCAUGCUGAUGGCAGUUUACCUAAAAGGUCUCACAGAUGAAGAAAUAGUAUGCUUUACUGGAGCAAUGAAGAACUCUGGAGAUGUUCUGGGUCCCUGGCCAGCGGAGUGGGAGGGGAAAAUUGUAGAUAAACACAGUACAGGUGGCGUGGGAGACAAGAUCAGCCUCAUUCUGGCACCAGCUUUAGCUGCUUGUGGAAUGAAGGUCCCUAUGGUAUCAGGCCGUGGCCUCGGUCAUACUGGUGGAACCCUAGAUAAACUAGAGUCCAUCGAAGGUCUGUCCGUCUCAGCGUCUAAGGAUAAAAUGCUGCAGAUUUUGACGAAGGUCGGCUGUUGCAUUGUAGGUCAAACAGACAAUCUGGUUCCCGCCGACAAGAAAAUGUACGCCAUCCGUGACGUCACUGGAACAGUCGACAAUAUUGGACUCAUAGCAGGUUCCAUAAUUUCAAAGAAGGCCGCUGAACAGCUAAACGCCCUCGUUUUGGAUGUGAAAUUUGGUGUCGGUGCUAUGAUGGUGAAUGAAGUCAAGUCCAGAGAACUGGGUAAAAAGAUGGUUGACAUUGGGAAUGGUUUAGGGAUAAAGACAGUGGCCCUAAUGACGGAUAUGAACAACCCAAUAGGAAAAAUGAUUGGAAAUGCACUUGAAGUAGCUGAAUCUGUAAACUGUCUCCAUGGAAACGGACCAACUGAAUUGGAGGAUCUCGUUCUUAGACUUGGUGGACAGUUGUUGUUCCUUAGUGGUAAUGCUAGUUCUACAGACGAGGGACAAAUGAAACUCAAAGAAACUCUGAUUAAUGGAGGAGCAGCAAGAAAGUUUAAGGAAAUGAUAAUUGCACAGGGAGCAAAUCCAGAAGAAGCCGAAGUCUUGUGUACAAACGGGGCUGAUGUAUGGAGUGUGCUCCCAAAAGCCAAGUUUGUUACUCCGAUCAAGAGCAAAUACUCCGGUUUUGUCUUUGCUGUAAAUUCACGGACAUGUGCAGAGUGCUCUUUGAAACUUGGUGCUGGGCGACAGGCCAGUAGUGACAAAAUUAAUCAUUCUGUUGGUUUGGAAUUAUGUGUGGAUAUUGGGGACAGCAUUAAAGAGGGUGAUGUUUGGAUCAAAGUUCAUCAUGAUUGUGACGUCAUUCCUAAUGAUAUAAGGGCGCUCUUAAACGAUGCCAUUGAGGUGCAGUCCUCACAACCAGUUAUCCUGCCUACACGUGUCAAGGACAUCAUAUCAUAAAAGUCUUAGAAAAGAAACACAGCGUGGUCGUUCAAACUUUUUUUUAAAAUUCAGGGAUGCAUUAUACGUGUACUUUACUUUUCUAAAAUCUUUAUCAAGUCUGUGACUUUUUUGUCAAUUUUAUUCUUGAAGUCUGAUAUUGAAUUGAAGGCAGCAUUUUAUUUCUUAAUCAAAUAAAAUCUUGAAUAUUUUUUAAACGGUCGAUCAUAUUUUUUAAUUAUAUACACCGUUGAGA